AAGGAGGAUGGGGCAAGUAUGGAGUAUAGAGGCAAACCGAUAAACUCAGGGAUGAGAUGGAAGGGGAUUCCCAGGACUCGGUUUAAGGCGCAUGCCUGUCAGAGAGCCGACAAAUUCGUCGUACGGAGAAUAGUGUGUUGGUUCUGCGCGACCGGCGGUUUUGACAUAUGAUCUGUGCACUGUUUUCAACUUUUUGACGUCGUUUGUUGUUGCAGCGAGAGAUUGUUCAGGAUUUGUGAUUGCGAUCAAUAGACAGCCGUGCGGUACGCUUCUGCUAAAAUUUUCUGUCAUUUGAACUGCGGACGUAGGUAACAUAAUUACGGGAAUUUCAUCUUCUCGAACUACAAAUUUAUACCCAUAUCAUCGACCGGUAGACGCGUUCUGCUACGUAAAACCGUAUUUCGACCUCGAAGCUUCUUCGUUACGAUUCAAAGGGUGGAAUAAACCUCGAAGGAUGGAAGAAAUGAUGAUUCAUGUCAAAAGUCCGAAUGUCAAAUACACCGAGGAAUUCCUUGAGGCUGACUACGAAUACCAUACAACCAAAGUCACGAAAAUGGAUGAUAAGGUGCUCAAAUACAUGGUAACUCCUGUAGCCACCAAGUUGAAAAUAAGAACAAAAUUAAAUGUACCAAAACUUGGUGUCAUGCUGGUUGGUUGGGGUGGCAAUAAUGGUACAACAAUAACUGCAGCGCUUUUGGCAAAUAAAAAAAAACUUACUUGGAACACGAAAGAUGGCAUCAAGAAAGCGAACUGGUAUGGCUCUAUUACACAGUCCUCAACCGUGAAACUUGGAAAUUCUGAUGGCGAAGAUAUUUAUGUACCGAUGUCAUGGAUGUUGCCAAUGGUGGACCCUGACCAGAUUGAAAUUGAUGGUUGGGAUAUUUCUAACCUGAAUUUAGCCGAUGCCAUGGAACGCGCAAAAGUAAUCGAUUACAAUUUGCAAAUCCAAUUGAAAGAUGCAAUGACAGAGAUGAAACCGCGCAGGAGCUUGUAUUAUCCUGAUUUCAUCGCGGCAAAUCAGGAGGAUCGAGCAAACAACAUCAUAUCAGGUUCUAAGAUAGAACAAUUGAACUUGAUCAGGAGAGACAUAUCUGAAUUUAAAACUACCAAAAAUGUAGACAAAGUAAUUAUAGUCUGGACUGCCAAUACCGAAAGGUUUGCUGAAGUUAUAACAGGAGUUAACGACACUAGUGAAAAUUUGUUGAAAUCAAUAGAAGAAAAUCACCCAGAAAUUAGUCCAAGCACUAUGUUUGCAGUAGCUGCUGCGUUGGAAGGAUGCACCUUUAUAAACGGAUCUCCACAAAAUACUUUUGUACCUGGGGCGAUUGACCUCGCCGAAAAACACAAGACUUUUAUAGCUGGUGAUGACUUCAAGUCGGGCCAAACAAAACUGAAGUCAGUAUUGGUUGACUUCUUAGUUUCUGCUGGCAUCAAACCCGUAUCAAUAGUGAGCUAUAAUCAUCUUGGAAAUAACGAUGGCUACAACUUGUCAGCACCACAACAGUUCAGAUCCAAAGAAAUCUCAAAGAGCAACGUAGUCGAUGACAUGGUUCAGUCAAACAGUAUUCUCUAUGAGCCAGGGGAGAAACCUGAUCAUUGCGUCGUUAUUAAAUAUGUUCCAUAUGUUGGUGAUAGCAAGCGUGCCCUGGAUGAGUACACCUCAGAAAUAAUGCUUGGUGGCCACAACACGCUUAUAGUUCACAACACUUGUGAAGAUUCACUGCUGGCCAGUCCGAUUAUACUGGAUUUAGUUAUUUUAGCUGAACUUUUUUCACGCGUUUCUUUCAAAGAGAAUGACGCUGAGAAUGACAAUUUUAUUACAUUUCACCCUAUUCUUUCAAUUCUAUCCUAUUUGUGUAAAGCGCCACUCGUGCCUCAAGGUGCUCCAGUGAUUAAUGCUUUGUUCAAGCAACGAGCUGCAAUAGAGAAUAUCUUGAGAGCUUGCCUGUCAUUACCACCUGAAAAUAGUAUGCUUUUGGAGCAUAGAGUACAUUUUGCAAAAAAAUUAUGAACAGCAUUAAUCUGCCAAGACCAGUUACAAGUUACGUAACAAUUAUAAUUUCAACUAUGCAAUAUCCUUGUGUGUGUUAACGGCUGUUAUUAAAUGGAUCUAUUUUGUACUUGGAAUUACAAAGUAAUUCCACAUUGGAACAUCUGUAUUAGUAGUUACCCAUAAUGUUAUGUUUGACUAACAAUAUUGAAUGAUUCCUCUUAUCUAGAUGCUUUUAUGCUUUAUACAACCUUUACCACCUCAGGAUUCAUAAAAGAUACAUACUUUGAAGCUAAUUCAGAGGAUUGAUGGUCAGAUCUGUUUUUAAUAUGAAAUUGUAUAUUAUCAGACAACAGUUAUUGUUGCAUGUGAAGUAUUUCCAUCUUACAGAAUGAAAAUAUUUAUAUACUUGCAAUUUUAAAAAUAUAAUUAUAGAACAAAGAUGUAUUUUCAUACGUGACAAAGGAAUUGUAGUUUCGUAUUCAAAUCAAUAUUGUAAUAGGUAAAUUAUUGAUUGAUAUCAGUUAUAAGAAGGUUCAUCAAGGUUAAACCUGAGAAAAUUAAACUAUAUAAAAAUAUUGCUAAUCGA